AUGUCGAACCUCAACUCGUGGGAGGACGACCCCGCUGCUCAGGAUGACAACCUGGCGCAGCAGGCAGGACAAAUGAACCUGGGCAACAACCAGCAGGCCGGACGUGGUGGCUUCCGACCGGGCGUCUCCAGCUUCCAGCCCGGAGCACAGUCUUUCCAGCCCGGAGCGCAAUCAUUCCAGCCAGGACAGCCCUACGGCGGAGGCUUUCAGCAAUACCAGCAACCGCAGCAAUACUAUAACCAGGGCUACGGCCAGGUCUAUGGCCAGGGCGGCUACGGUCAGCAGGGCUAUAAUCAGGGCUACGGCCAAGUCUACGGUCAAGGCAGUUACAACCAGGGUUACGGCCAGUACCCUGGUUACCAGCAGCAGCAGCAGCAGCAGCAACAGCAACAGCAACAGCAGGCUCCAGCUUCCCAGCAGCAGCCCGCUCCCACUCAGCCCAAGGCCACCCCUACGAUCGCCAAGAGGCCGGCUGACGGAGCCUCCUCGGCCGAUGCGCCUAAGCCCGUCGCAACCAAGGAGGGCGGGGCCAAGGUUCUGAGCAUUGGAGCGGAGACGGCGAAGCCCAAGGCCAAGGUUCUUUCGAUCGGCGGCACGGCAGCUCCCAAGGCGGAGCCCAAGAAACAGGAGGCCAAGGAGGCGGAGAAGGCUGAGCCCAAGGCGGCAGCGGCAGCGGCAGCGGCUGGAGCCGAGGCUGGAGCCAAGGUCACCGCGGCCAAGGCGAUCGAAAAGACGACGGGGACCGACAAGACCACAUCGAGCGGGAAGACCUCGCCGACCCCGUCCUCAGGGCGCUCUAGCCCGUCCCGCGGAGCCAAGUGCCCUGCUCGUGAUGUCGACGCCGUCCAGAAGGAGCAAGCUGCUGAUGUCGACGAGGACACCCUCAAGGAGAUUUACGGCAAGGAGCACGUCAACAUUAUCUUCAUCGGCCACGUCGAUGCCGGAAAGUCAACUCUCGGUGGCUCCAUCCUCUACGCCACCGGUAUGGUGGACCAACGCACACUCGACAAGUACAAGAGGGAAGCCAAGGACAUGGGACGUGAGACCUGGUAUCUGUCUUGGGCUCUGGAUUUGACCAACGAAGAGCGUUCCAAGGGCAAGACCGUCGAGGUUGGCCGUGGCUACUUCGAGACCGACAAGCGGCGGUACAGUAUCCUCGAUGCCCCCGGUCACAAGACGUACGUCCCCAACAUGAUUGGCGGUGCCUCACAAGCGGAUGUCGGUAUUCUGGUCAUCAGUGCCCGCAAGGGCGAGUACGAGACAGGUUUCGAGAAGGGUGGACAGACCCGUGAGCACGCUAUGCUUGCCAAGACCCAGGGUGUCAACAAGCUCAUCGUCGCCAUCAACAAGAUGGACGACCCUACGGUCAACUGGUCGCAGGAGCGCUACAAGGAGUGCACCACCAAACUAUCUCAGUUUCUCAAGGGUACUGGUUACAACCUGAAGACGGACGUCUUCUUCAUGCCCAUCGCUGCCCAGCAGCUCAUGGGCAUCAAGGACAGGGUCCCCAAGGGCGUCGCCGACUGGUACGACGGCCCCUCCCUGCUCGAGUACCUCGACAACAUGCAGACCCUGGAGCGGAAGCUCAACGCCCCCUUCAUGAUGGCCAUCAACGGCAAGUACCGCGACAUGGGCACCAUGGUGGAGGGCAAGAUCGAGGCCGGCGUGGUCAAGAAGGGCAUGAGCCUCGUCAUGAUGCCCAACAAGCAGUCGGUCGAGCCGGCGGCCGUGUACGGCGAGACCGAGGACGAGAUCCCCAUCGGCCAGUGCGGCGACCAGGUGCGCAUCCGCCUACGCGGCAUCGAGGAGGAGGACAUCCUGCCGGGCUUCGUGCUCUGCUCGCCCAAGCGCCUGGUGCACUGCGUCAAGGCCUUCGAGGCGCAGAUCCGCAUCCUCGAGCUCAAGAGCAUCCUGACGGCCGGCUACAACUGCGUGCUGCACGUGCACUCGGCCAUCGAGGAGGUCACGUUCGGCGCGCUGCUGCACAAGCUGCAGAAGGGCACCAACCGCAAGAGCAAGCUGCCGCCCUCCCACGCCAAGCGCGGCGACAGCAUCAUCGCGCGCAUGGAGGUCACCGGCGGCGCCGGCGCGGUGUGCGUCGAGCGCUUCGAGGACUACCCCCAGAUGGGUCGCUUCACGCUCCGUGAUCAGGGUCAAACCAUUGCCAUUGGCAAGAUCACCAAGCUCAUCCUUGAGGAGUAA